AUGGGCCAUUCAGUACCACCACUCAACGACAAGUCUCUGUUGAAGAACCAGACAUAUGUCAACGGAGAAUGGAUAGACGCAAAGUCAGGCAAGACCUUCGAGGUCAAUGACCCAGCAACAGGCAAGCUCAUAGGCACCAUGCCUGAGAUGGACCGCGCAGACACCGAAGCCGCCAUCGCAGCAGCAGCCGCCGCACUCCCUUCCUUCCGCAAACUCACCGGUCGCGAGCGCUCACGGCUCCUACGAAAAUGGUACCAAUUGAUGAUGGACAAUGCGGAUGAUCUGGCGAAGCUCAUAACCUGGGAGAACGGAAAGCCCAUGGCAGACGCUAAGGGAGAGGUCAACUACGCCGCGAGCUUCUACGAGUGGUUCGCAGAAGAGGCACCGCGCAUGUACGGAGCCACCAUUCCGGCGACCGUGACCGGUAACCGAGUGUUCACAAUCAAGGAGCCUGUUGGUGUUGUUGGAUUGAUCACACCAUGGAACUUCCCCGCAGCUAUGAUCACGAGAAAGAUUGGACCAGCUCUGGCAGCUGGUUGCACCGUCGUCGCAAAGUCUCCCGGUGAGACGCCUUUUACAGCGGCUGCUCUCGCCGAGCUUGCGCACCGAGCUGGAAUUCCCAAGGGUGUCGUCAACUUCGUUACCGCACUUAAAAACACACCUGAAGUCGGCGAGACAAUCACAUCGAGCAAGACUGUCAAGAAAGUGUCAUUCACAGGAUCGACCGGUGUCGGCAAGCUUCUGAUGAAGCAGUCGUCGGAUACACUCAAGAAGCUCUCGUUCGAGCUCGGUGGAAAUGCACCCUUCAUCGUCUUCGACGACGCCGACCUGGAGACAGCCGUGACCGGAGCUAUCACAUCCAAGUUCCGAUCUUCAGGCCAAACUUGCGUAUGCGCCAACAGAAUUUAUGUUCAGUCCGGCAUUUAUGAUGAGUUCUGCACAAAGUUCACCGAAAAGGUUAAGAGCUUCAAGGUUGGUGGCGGCUACGAAGAGGGCACUACACACGGGCCUCUCAUCCAUGACCGUGCCGUCGACAAGGUAGACGCCCACGUCCAGGAUGCCGUCAAGAACGGCGCCAAGGUCCUGUUCGGUGGACAAAAGCUACCUGAUCUUGGUGAGAACUUUUACCAACCCACAGUCCUCCGCGAUAUGACCAAGGACAUGCAGCUUGCCAAAGAUGAGACCUUCGGCCCUGUUGCCGGACUCUUCCCCUUCGAUACCGAAGCCGACGUUGUCAAGCUAGCCAAUGCAGCUGACGUAGGACUUGCGGGCUACUUCUUCAGCAAAGACAUCCAGCGAGUUUACAGGGUAGCUGAAGCGCUGGAGGUUGGUAUGGUUGGUGUUAACACCGGUCUCAUCUCCGAUGCUGCGGCACCUUUCGGAGGCGUGAAAGAGUCUGGCUUUGGACGAGAGGGAAGCCAUCUUGGUAUCGAUGAAUACAUUGUCACAAAGACGAUCACAAUGGGCGGUAAUGGCCAGCCGCUCCAAGGAGAGUAG